CACUGGAGACUCGUCCACUGAAGCGAGACUAGUGCAGCUGCGAAAGGGGCAAGCGCGAAGGUCAACUUGUGCACAGGUACCUUGUUCGCCGACCCCCGCCACUUUCCACCUACCCAGCCGGCCCAACGUCGCGCGUACCUGGGGCUUCUCAGUGUCACCAAGUCCCUGCCCCCCAAGAACUGGGAUUCCGAAGUAAGCAGCGCCUUCCGAGAAGGGAGCAAGCCCUACCGCCUCUCUUGCCUAUCCUCCGGCUGAGUCCCUCUCGGAACCGCCCCAGCGCGUGUUUGUCGUUGCGGAGAAGCUGAGCUAACCUGAGCGCCAUGAACCAGAUAGAGCCAGGUGUGCAAUACAACUACGUUUACGAAGAUGAUGAGUACAUGAUCCAGGAGGAAGAAUGGGACCGGGACCUGCUCCUGGACCCCGCCUGGGAGAAGCAGCAAAGAAAGACAUUUACUGCCUGGUGCAAUUCCCAUCUAAGAAAAGCUGGUACCCAGAUCGAGAAUAUUGAAGAAGACUUCAGAAAUGGCCUUAAACUCAUGCUUCUCUUGGAAGUCAUUUCAGGUGAAAGGUUGUCCAAGCCUGACCGAGGAAAAAUGCGCUUCCACAAAAUUGCCAAUGUCAAUAAAGCCCUGGAUUACAUAGCCAGUAAGGGUGUGAAACUGGUAUCCAUUGGUGCUGAAGAAAUUGUUGAUGGCAAUGUGAAAAUGACCCUUGGUAUGAUCUGGACCAUCAUCCUUCGCUUUGCCAUUCAGGAUAUUUCAGUGGAAGAAACCUCUGCUAAAGAAGGUCUGCUUCUUUGGUGCCAAAGGAAAACUGCCCCUUACAGGAAUGUAAAUAUUCAGAAUUUCCACACUAGCUGGAAAGACGGCCUUGGACUCUGUGCCCUCAUCCACAGACAUCGACCUGACCUCAUUGACUACUCAAAGCUUAAUAAGGAUGACCCUGUAGGAAAUAUUAACCUGGCCAUGGAAAUAGCAGAAAAGCAUUUGGAUAUCCCCAAGAUGUUGGAUGCAGAAGACAUUGUGAAUACUCCCAAACCUGAUGAAAGAGCUAUCAUGACUUAUGUUUCCUGCUUCUACCAUGCUUUUGCUGGAGCAGAGCAGGCCGAGACGGCAGCUAACAGGAUAUGUAAGGUUCUUGCUGUGAAUCAAGAGAAUGAGAAACUGAUGGAAGAAUAUGAGAGGCUAGCAAGUGAGCUUUUGGAAUGGAUUCGUCGCACAAUCCCCUGGCUAGAGAAUCGGACUCCUGAGAAGACGAUGCAAGCCAUGCAGAAGAAGCUGGAGGACUUCCGAGAUUAUCGUCGGAAGCACAAGCCCCCCAAAGUCCAAGAGAAGUGCCAGCUGGAGAUUAACUUCAACACCUUGCAGACUAAGCUGAGGAUCAGUAACAGACCAGCUUUCAUGCCAUCGGAAGGCAAAAUGGUUUCAGAUAUUGCUGGUGCUUGGCAGAGGCUAGAACAGGCUGAGAAAGGUUAUGAAGAAUGGUUGUUAAAUGAGAUAAGGCGACUGGAACGCCUGGAACAUCUGGCUGAGAAAUUUAGGCAGAAAGCUUCAACUCAUGAAAGUUGGGCAUAUGGCAAGGAACAGAUCUUGCUACAGAAGGAUUAUGAGUCUGCUUCUCUGACUGAAGUCCGCGCUUUGUUGAGGAAACAUGAGGCUUUUGAGAGUGACUUGGCAGCUCACCAGGACCGGGUGGAACAGAUUGCUGCCAUUGCCCAGGAGCUGAAUGAACUGGAUUAUCAUGAUGCUGCGAGUGUCAAUGACCGAUGCCAGAAGAUCUGUGACCAAUGGGACAGAUUGGGAACACUUACUCAAAAAAGAAGAGAGGCUUUAGAGAGGACUGAGAAAUUGCUAGAAACCAUUGACCAACUUCAUCUGGAGUUUGCCAAGAGAGCUGCCCCCUUUAACAACUGGAUGGAAGGUGCUAUGGAAGACCUGCAAGACAUGUUUAUUGUGCACAGCAUAGAAGAAAUCCAGAGUUUAAUCACUGCCCAUGAGCAAUUCAAAGCCACGCUGCCUGAAGCAGAUGGUGAAAGACAGGCCAUCAUGUCUAUUCAGAACGAGGUGGAGAAGGUGAUUCAGAGCUACAACAUCAGAAUCAGCUCAAGCAACCCAUAUAGCACAGUCACCAUGGAUGAACUUCGUGCCAAAUGGGACAAGGUGAAACAGCUUGUGCCAGUACGGGAUCAAUCCCUGCAAGAAGAGCUGGCUCGCCAGCAUGCUAAUGAGAGACUCCGGCGCCAGUUUGCUGCCCAAGCCAAUGCUGUUGGACCAUGGAUCCAGAACAAGAUGGAGGAAAUUGCUCGAAGUUCUAUCCAGAUCACUGGGGCUUUAGAAGAUCAAAUGAACCAGUUGAAGCAAUAUGAACACAACAUCAUUAAUUACAAAAACAAUAUCGACAAACUGGAAGGAGAUCAUCAGCUUAUUCAGGAAGCCCUAGUAUUUGACAACAAGCACACUAAUUACACCAUGGAGCACAUUCGUGUUGGAUGGGAACUGCUGCUGACAACUAUUGCCAGGACUAUUAAUGAGGUGGAGACCCAGAUCCUUACUAGAGAUGCUAAGGGUAUUACCCAGGAACAAAUGAAUGAAUUCAGAGCAUCUUUCAACCACUUUGACAGGAGGAAGAACGGCCUGAUGGAUCACGAAGAUUUCAGAGCCUGCCUGAUUUCCAUGGGAUAUGAUCUGGGAGAAGCCGAAUUUGCCCGAAUUAUGACACUUGUAGAUCCCAAUGGACAAGGAACUGUCACCUUCCAGUCCUUCAUUGACUUCAUGACCAGAGAAACUGCUGACACAGACACAGCUGAGCAGGUCAUCGCUUCCUUCAGAAUCCUAGCUUCAGAUAAGCCAUACAUCCUUGCAGAUGAGCUGCGUCGGGAGCUGCCUCCAGAUCAGGCCCAGUACUGCAUCAAGAGAAUGCCACCCUAUUCUGGGCCAGGCAGUGUGCCUGGAGCCCUGGAUUACACCGCAUUCUCAUCAGCCCUGUAUGGGGAGAGUGACCUGUGAUUCUGUAAUCAUGGAACACCAGAAUGCAAUAAAAGUUGGAGUUAACAAUCUGCUUCCUGGAAGCCUUGACAGGCUGUUUUAAAUUAAAGAAAAUAUUUUUUAAGCAUU